CUCUCCCCCCCCGCCCCGCCGACCGGGCAGCGAAACCGCCGCGGCGGCGGGAGCGAGCGAGCGGGGCCCGCGGCGCUGCUGUGCCCAGCCAUGGACAAUCAGUGCACGGUGCAGGUGAAGCUGGAGCUGGGGCAUCGGGCCCAGCUGCGCAAGAAGCCGACCACGGAAGGGUUCACCCACGACUGGAUGGUGUUCGUGCGGGGCCCGGAGCAGUGCGACAUCCAGCACUUCGUGGAGCGCGUCGUCUUCCGGCUGCACGAGAGUUUCCCAAAACCCAAGAGAGUGUGCAAGGAGCCCCCCUACAAGGUGGAGGAGUCUGGCUAUGCUGGCUUCAUUAUGCCUAUUGAAGUGCACUUCAAAAACAAGGAGGAGCCCAAAAAGGUUUGUUUCACAUAUGACCUGUUCCUAAAUCUGGAGGGGAACCCACCUGUGAACCAUCUUCGUUGUGAGAAACUGACUUUCAACAACCCCACCAAGGAAUUCAGGCGCAAACUCAUCAGAGCUGGAGGGGUAAUGGUGAUGCCAGAAGGAGCAGAGACUGUUUCAAGGCCAAGUCCUGAUUAUCCAAUGCUGCCCACGAUACCUCUCUCUGCCUUCUCUGAUCCCAAGAAGACCAAACCCUCCCAUGGGUCAAAGGAUGCAAACAAGGAAAGUAGCAAAGCAUCCAAGCCACAUAAAGUAACCAAGGAACACAGGGAGAGGCCCAGGAAAGAUUCUGAGAGCAAAAACUCCUCCAAAGACCUUGAGAGAGAACAGAACAAGCCUUUGAAGGACUCCUCCAGAAAACCAACUGAGAACAAACUGCCUAAGGAGGAGAAGGCACCUCCAAAAGCUGCUUUCAAGGAACCAAAACUGGCCGUGAAGGAGACCAAACUGGAGAACACCUCUCCAAAGGGGGGGCCACAGCCGGAGUUAAAGUCUUCCAGCAAGAGGCCCUCCAACGUGGAGUCACCAAAGCCUAGUGCCAAAAAACAAAAAAAGAGUAGCUCCAAAGGGGUAAAGAAUAUCCUGGGGACAUCUCCCAGAACCUCGUCUUCCUCAUAUCCAGAGAAGAAACAAACCAAGGAGAAGAUGAAUGCCAAAGUGGAAAAGGUAAAAUCUGAGAGCGAGGCCAAGGAGAUCAAAAAGCCCGUGGAAAUGGAGGAGUCAAACUCAGAGGAUGAAACUUCUUUCAAGUCAGAGUCUGUCCAGUCCAGCCCUUCCAACUCCAGCUCCAGCUCCGACUCCAGCUCUGACUCUGAUUUCGAACCAUCUCAGAACCACAGUCAAGGCCCCCUGCGCUCCAUGGUGGAGGAUCUGCAGUCGGAGGAGUCGGAUGAUGACGACAGCUCCUCGGGAGAGGAGGCAGCAGUCAAAGCCAACCCCGUCAGCCGGGAUUCCAGACUGAGCCUCAGUGACAGUGACAGUGACAACAGCGCCGACUCGUGCCCGCCCAGCCGGGAGCCACCUCCUGGGCAGAAGCUGCCCCCGGCAAACAACAAGGCAUCUGGAAGGAAAAGCCCAGAGUCUUGUAACAAGCCAGAGAAGAUCCUGAAGAAGGGAACAUAUGACAAGGCCUACACGGAUGAGCUGGUGGAGCUCCACAGGCGGCUCAUGGCACUACGGGAGCGCAACGUGCUCCAGCAGAUCGUGAAUCUCAUUGAGGAAACCGGGCAUUUCAACGUCACCAACACAACCUUUGACUUUGACCUCUUCUCCCUGGAUGAGACGACCGUCCGCAAGCUGCAGAGCUACCUGGAGGCCGUGGCCACAUGACGCUGGGCCUGGGAAGCUGGCUCUGCUCUUCAACCAGAGAUACCCUCCAUUGGUACCAGGAAACCACCCCACGGAACUAGGCCUUCUUAUCCUCCUGCCUCACCCGAAGAAGCACUGCCUUAGAGAACAGCCAUGCUCUAGGAAUGCUCAGCCAGCUGCACUUUUCUUGUAGGCUUCAAACCAGCGCCCGCCUUGCUGAGUCUGUCCCCCCAAGCUUCGUGGGCCAGGCCCCCAGCAGAGCAGGCGUGCUGCACUUAGGCUGCACAGCUCGACCUUUGCGGUUUCCCUUUGAGCAACUGUGUUUCAAGAGCACAUUUUCCAGGCAUCUCUGAGCUUUCUGAAGAAGCGUGGAUGCUGUUCCCUUCCCCCGGAGCUCAGGACCAGCCUGUGCAGAGCACUGGAACCAGAGCCCUCCCGCUCUGCCCCGUGCCCUGUGGGUGACAGUGGCUUUGGCAGAGCUGGCCGGGACACUGGGGACACAGGAGGCUCCCUGGGGUCUUGCUGAUCUGCUGCAGAGGAGAGGGGCUGCAUUCCAGCUGGGAUCACCCACCAGUUCAGUGACCUGGCUCCUGGUGGGGACAGGACCCUCAGCUCCCUGCAGGGACACUCUGUGCUUGGUGAGGAGGCUUCUGGAACCUACUGUCUCCUCUUGGGGUUUGGAGAUAUCUUGUUUGUUGAUCUGAGCUCCUAAACAAAGUCCCACUCCUUUCAGUCUGCUUUAACUGUAAUAGGACUCCAAAACUGUAAGCUGUAUAUUUUAUAUAUAUAUAUAUUAUAUAUAUAUGUAUGUACUGUAUGUAUAAGAAGGGCCUAGUUGGGUCUUAUGAUCUUAAGGGUGUGUUUUUCUGUUGUUUUUUUAUGGCUCUGGCAGGGGAAGGCGCUUAAUAAGAUUUGACUCAUUUGUUCAAUGCCUCUUGUGGACAAUUUGUAGUGUAAGGAAGCUGGACAGCAACCUCCAGGCAUCCCAUGCUCCAGAAGGGGCUCACCCGUUGUCUUUCCAUUUGUCAGUGUUUGAUAACUUUGCCAAAACAUGUGAUUGGUUUUGUUCUGUGUUCUCAAAGAGGAAUCUCCUUACAGUGGCCCCUAUAGUAGUGGCUGUACUUUGGGAAAACCAAAACAAGGGAGAACUGAAAUCUUCGGACACGCCUGGGAGACGCUGAUGUGAAACACGAAGUGGAGUUGGGUUUGUUCCCUGCUCCCUCUCCCUCCCCGCUGCCUGUGCAGGAACAGGCAGGAGCCAGAAACACUAAUGCAGCCCCUUCCUUCCCCAGAUUUCUAGUUAAACUAGUAUUGACCUCCAAGUGUUGUCCAGGUGGGCAUGGGGAAAGCCCAGCGCCUUCCUCAAAGCUGCGUUACACUCCUGGUCCCUAAAUUCAGUGUUUUCCCAGGAAUUGCUCCUUGUUCUGAGGGCUGUGGGUAGCUUUUGCCAAAUGUGCUUGGGGCACAGGCGCUGUGGGAGCAGCGGUGCUGGGGAGCCCCUCUGCUCUGGGAGGGUUGCAUCGCUCUAGGUUUGCUGUCCCUUGUUUUGGGUUCCCCCUUUCUUUAUCAUGGAAAUGUUGCAACUAAUCAACUGAAGUGGCAAUAUGAUGAUAAGCUUGUUUGAGUUGGGUCAUGUUGACCCGAUUCCCGUUAAUUUUGUCCU